CCGAAGAAGAGUGAGCUACUCAGUUCUCACACUUCUUCAGACUUCACAGUUCACAGCGACAUCAGCCAAAAAUUAUUUGCAAGUUUCUCCCUUUCGUCUCUGUCUGUUUCAUCGUCUUCCUGCAACCCAUUCCCACCACACCGCAGUGUCUUUAUGUCAACGCUUUAAAUGCGGGCGUCCGUUUCUCAACCUCUCCAUCCACUGGUAACGGCUUCUCCUCCCUUUUCCCCUCUCUCACUUUUCUGAGGAUUUGGCUUUCUUCUCCGCUUCUUCUCUCCAUAACUUCCAUCUCAGCAGCGCAGCUCCUUCACCUGAAUUUCGAUUUUUUUUCCCACUUAGUGAGAAGGGUGCAAAUUUGCAACUCUGAUGUUUCUCUGCGAAUUGAAGAUAUGUGUACCAUAGGGUUCUUCUUCAGGUCCAAAAAUAUUGAAGCAAAGAAAACCGUAGAGCUUCGAUCGAGGAAUCGCAGCUGAGAGGUUUGAGUUUUUGAGGGAGAUUCCAUUCUACGACGACUGGUCUGGCUGCGGUUCUGGAUGAGGGUAUGGACGCGCGAAUGAAGAAGUAUCGUCAAGUGAGUCCGGAGAGGGCUAAAGUAUGGACGGAGAGGUCGCCAAAAUACCAACAGAAUCGGAAAGUACCGGUGAUUUACUAUCUGUGUCGGAACAGGCAACUAGAGCAUCCUCACUUCAUGGAGGUCCCGCUUUCCUCUCCAGAUGGACUAUACUUGAGAGAUGUGAUUGAUAAGCUCAACGCUUUAAGAGGUAGAGGAAUGGCUUCUUUGUAUUCAUGGUCAUGUAAGAGAAGCUACAAGAAUGGAUUUGUGUGGCAUGAUCUCUGUGAAGAUGAUCUAAUACUGCCAGCCCAUGGCAAUGAGUAUGUCCUCAAAGGAUCAGAGCUCUUUGAGGAAUCCAAUUCAGAUCGUUACAGUCCCAUUAGCAAUGUCAAACUACAGAGCCUGAAGCAGUUGCCGGAACCAGCUUCUUCUAGGAGCCAUGAUGAAGCUUCCUCCUCCUCUAGCUUGAAUGGGAAAGAGACAAGGCAGUCCCAAGAUGAUGAGCUUUCCCCUGGACAACAUACGGGUUCCUCUGAUGCUUCUCCAGAGUCUAGAGCUAGAAAGAGUGCCACUCUUAGCUUGACAGAGUACAAAAUCUAUAAGACUGAUGGAUUGGCUGAUGCAUCAACUCAAACAGAAGAAGGUGGUGGCAGACAUAAAACACUGGAAACCUGCACAAGGGGUGUAUCAACAGAUGAUGGUUUGUCAGUACCUGAAUGCUAUAAAACCUGUCAAGCAUUAGCACAACAAGUGAAAGAUAAUUCAGAAAUCUGUAGGGAUACAGUUUCUCCUCCUCCCUCAACUUCUAGUCCAUUGUCUUCUGGUGGUAAAACUGAAACUUUGGAAUCCUUGAUUAGAGCUGAUGCUAGUAAGAUGAACAGCUUUAGGAUUCUGGAACAGGAAGAUAUUCGGGUCCCAGCCAACACAAGACUGAAAGCCUCAAAUUUGCUGAUGCAACUGAUCUCUUGUGGGUCAAUAUCUGUGAAAAAUCACAGUUUUGGUCUUAUUCCAUCCUAUAAGCCUCGGUUUUCCCAUUCAAAGUUCCCUUCUCCACUGUUCUCAACUUCUAUCAUGUUGGGUGAACUUGAUUGCCUAGCAGAGAAUCCGAGGCUGAUGGCUCUGAGAUUGGAGGACAAAGAAUAUUUUAGUGGGAGCUUAAUUGAGACCAAGAUACCAAAGGAAGAAGCAGAUGGACAAAAUGUUCUGAAACGCUCUUCUUCCUACAAUGAUGAAAGGGCCUGCAGAGAACUCAAUCCACAAGAUGACAAGGAGGAAUCAUCGGCAGGACAUUCAAAAUGUAUUCUACGAUCAAUCAAGGCUUCAUUUAGCAAGCAUUCACGAAGUGAAUCCAUGAGAUCCCCUGUUUCUGAUGGACCAAGAAACUCCUCGGAUCGAACUGAUGGCAAAAGCAUAUCUCCUGUGACAUCAAAUGGUAGCAGCAAGAGGAUAACUGAACCCUCAACGGGCAAAAAGCAAUCGAAGAAGAUUGACUCAUGCAAGGAAGAGGAGGUGAUCCAAAUUGAAGAAAGUUAAGUGUUGGCUCUAGCUUGGUUCUCUUGACGUUUUACAUAUGUCAGCUUGUUUUCCAAGUUUUCAGCAAUAUUUAUUUAUAAUUUUAAUUUUAACCCAACAGGCUUGCUUCGGGAGCUCGGGUUAUAAUCCAAUCUAAACCAUUUUUCGAGACAGCAUCAAGCAGCUCUCAAAUUUAAAGUUUCAUUGGUCAGGCAAAGGGCAAAACUGCUGGUUUUCAGCUUUAGUUUGAAUUUAGCAUGAUGGUAAAUAUAUUGGUAGGUCCACGCGACAGUCUCGUAAAACCUACUUGCUGCAAAGGAAAGGUGGUGAGGCCGGUGUGGUCCCCGGUGGUCCAUUUCCUGUAAAUUUUUUGAGCAGGUUUAAGCGUUCGCUCACUUUGUUGUAUUGUAACCCUUCUUUUUUCCCCCUUUUCUUUUUAAACAGUACGAGUCUCCUAUUGGGCUAUUACCACCCUUUGGUUUUUUUUUUUUUUUUUUUGGAAAACUAGAGUUUUGUUACGUUAUUAGGGUUCCAAGAUGCCAGAAAGUGCUGGUCAUCUUCAAACCCCUCUGUGGGCACAGACGUUGAUCUUGCCAAGCAUGAGUUAACGCCCUGUUAACAUAGCUCGGAUAACGACGCUAGUACAAAAAGCUUAAGCAUAAAAAGGCAUUUAAAAGUGUGUGUGUUUGUGUUUUUUUACCAUAUGUUGGAAUCGAAGUCGCUGUAGACGGUUUGAAUUUGACGAUUUGCUGUUUGUAGUCGAGAGGCCCAUAAAAUGAUCAGCAAUGAUGAGGAAGAAGAUAAUUGGAGCGAUCGAGUCAAUAGCUAUGAUGCUGUUUGCCAAGCGCUUUGUUUCAAGUGAUUAAUAAUAUCUUGUUAUAGAUUAAGUGAAGGUGUAGUAUUUCUAUGUAAGCCAGAGUAAGCGAAAUCAGGUGCCACAGAAAGAUUAGUAGUAUAUGAGUGGCUCAUGUACACAGUAACACGAAAAAGAGAACUUUUUUCGAAGACUAAGGCAGAGCAACAGGACGAGGGGAUUCUGAAGGGAAAUGGAAGCUUUGAAGCGGUUCCUUACCUGUGUCCUCGACGCUACUUUGUCUAAAACUCUUGUUCGUUUGGAAAGGUGUGGUUGACUUGGUACUUUCAUGCUUUGGUCUGGCCACUGAGAUCUUGAAGAGCUAAGAAAUCUGUCUGCUGCUGGCUUUUCUCCUGCUUAAAGGACACGUAGGCCACCUGGUCUCUGGUGUUGAUUCUCUCACAUAGCAGUCUUUUUCACCUGAGCAAAGUGUUUUCUUGGAGGAGCCGCGGAAUAUGAUCCUCUGUCAUUUAGAUGCUCCACAUUUAAUCUUGUUUUAUUUUUAUAUUUAAUUUUUUUUAUUUUAGUAGAUACAAAAUUUAAAUAGAAAAGCGCCUGAAGAGUGAGUUGAAGACAGCCCAACUUGUAGUGGAACUGCCGCUUUUCAUUGCUGCUGCUUGUGUUGGUAUGCAAUUACUCAUAAGCAGAUGCAUACUUUGAAUUUUAACUACAGAUUAUACGUUCUUUACAA